AUGGAUCCCUCUCCUCCAGCUCUGAACCAACCGCCGCCACGCCUGAUUCGAAAGCUGGCGGCGCGACGGCGUCGCGGCAGGGAAGCGGCGGCCCGGUGCGGACGCGACGGACAAGGCGGACGCGGUGCAUGCCGCUUCAUCUCCGAGCUCCGAGCAACAUGCAGGCGCCGCGGUCCCCGUCAUCGCCUCGACGCGAGGAGCCGGCACGGGGCCAAGCGCAGGGGCCGCGCGGAGCCGUCGGCCGCUGGACCGGGCAACAGGGCCGCGGGCGCCGCCGCGGCGCGCGGGCUCGGAGGAGGAGGAAGAGGGCCCGACACGCUAAAUCCACGUCAUGGCCUACUUCCUGUCCACCGGAACAUUGGAGUCAAGGACAACAGAUUUUGCUAUUGCUAUGAAGUUGUUUUCCAGUAUAGUUCUGCUGUGCUUUUCAAUAUUGCUGAUCAUGAAGCUGAGUACUAUCUUCAGGAUGGCUUCCACUCUUCCAGAGAUGAGAAAAGAUGGCGCCGCGCGGGGCCGUCGGCCGCCGAACCGGGCAGCAGGGCUGUGGCCGCCGCGGCAGCGCGGGGGCUCGGAGCCACGCGGGGUCGUCGGUCGCCGACUGUCAGUGCUGCGGGCUGGACACACUCCGAGUCCCUGUUACGGUUUUUUGCUUUUGAUUUCAGAAAGAGCAUCCGGUUCAGCGUGCUCUCAGGAAGCGAGAUUCACAAGUUCCCGGAGGUGCAGGUCUGGAACAACCGGAUCUAUGGGCACGACAUGAAGCCGGUGCCCAAUGGGUUGCUCGACCCGCGAAUGCUUGCACUUCCAGUUUUUAAUGUAGGCUUCUUUAACUGUAUUCUGGACGUGUUGAAGUGCCUCUGCAAGAGCUGUAGAAGAGUUCUUAUGGAGAAAGACUGCAGGGAGUUUUUGAAGAAGAUGAGAAAUCCCAGGGCAGAUGCACUACAAAAAAGUGCUACAAUGAAAAAGGAAUGUCACUACUGA